GGAGGCCAUCCCCACCAGUCCCCACCCCCAUCAUCUCCACCAUGGCAAUUGAUCAUUUAGGCGCUGUAUCGAUCUCGCCCUCAAAGGAACAUGUUGAGUGCAAAGAAUUCGAUCUCGACUUAGAAUUCGGUGGUAUAGAGGCGCGCAACAAGCUGGAGCGCAAACUCUUAUGGAAACUCGACCUGCGCAUGUCAAUGCUGGUUCUCAUCUACAUCCUCAAUUUUAUCGAUCGCAAUAACGCUAGUGCGGCGCGCUCACGAGGGCUUGUCGCCGACCUUCACCUCGAGGGCCAACAAUUUGCGACGUUGCUGUCUAUUCUCUAUGUCGGAUAUAUUAUCAUGCAGGUCCCCUCCAACAUGUUUCUCAAUUACAUCGGCAAGCCAUCGCUUUAUCUGCCUGCUUGUAUGGUAGUCUGGGGAAUCAUAUCGGCUCUGACUGGGAUCACUACAAACUUUACUGGAGCCCUCCUAACGCGAUUCUUUCUCGGCUUCGUGGAAGCGGCAUUUUUCCCCGGUGCUGUAUUCUUGAUCUCGAAAUGGUACAAGAGAAACGAGAUAGGUCUCAGAUUGGCCAUCCUCUAUUGCGGAAACAUGAUCAGCAAUGCAUUCGGAGCUCUCAUUGCAUCGGGUAUUCUUGCUAACAUGAACGGCGUCCGAGGACAAGCCGCAUGGAGGUGGCUUUUCUUUAUCGAAGGAUCUCUGACUGUCUCCGUCGCGAUCAUCGCUAUAUUUGUUUUGCCGGACUUUCCGAUGACGACAAAGUGGCUUACCGAUGACGAGCGUCGGCUUGCAUUGAAGCGUAUGGAGGAGGAUGCCGCUGGUGUCGGGGACCAGGCAGAAGCUGAGGACAGCGGUUUCGGUAACGGCUUUUACCUCGCCAUCACCGACUGGAAGGUGUGGUGGUUCGCAUUCCUAUCGGUUUCUCAGGUGGUAGCAUUGUCCUUCAUUUUCUACUUCCCCACUCUCAGUGCGACGCUUGGGUACAACCCAACGGUGACGCUGCUCCUUGUUGCACCUCCUUGGGUAUACGCUGUCUUGGUCACGUUCGUGUGGACCAGGCACUCUGAUAAAGUGCAAGAACGGUUCUUCCACAUGAACGCUUCAAACGUCGUUGGUAUCAUUGGCUGCCUUAUUUCAAUGUCCACUAUGAACACUGCGGCCCGAUACGUAUCCCUGUUCCUCAUGGCACAGUCCUAUUCGGCACUGAUUUUGAUGACCGCAUGGGUCAGCAACACAUUCCCUCGACCGCCGUCAAAGCGUGCAGUAUGUUUUUCGCUCAUCAAUGCGCUUCAGCAACUCGGCAACGUUGCAGGGUCGUACGUCUGGCCAUCGGGUUGGGGCCCGACCUACCGAAACUCUUAUGGCAUUGUGCUCGCCGCUAACGUCACUGCGAUUGCAAUGAGUUGGGUUCUCAGACAGCAUCUGAAGAAGAUGAACGAGAAGCAGGAGAAAGAAGAGCAGGAGAAAGGGAUCGAAGAAAAGGGAUUCCGCUACGUUCUUUGAACGAUGGUGCGGUGAUCUACGAGCUUUCAUUUUUACGAACGACACAUCUACGAACGAAACGGUCGCAUACUAACAUUCAAGGGCAAUACUUGCCUUUAUUCACGCGAGAUGUACUUUAUGAUACUUCCAAUUCAAACAUUUCUCCGCCAA